AUGGCUUUAACCGAUUCGCUUGACGAGUUGAUCCAGCUGGACAAGAUCACUCCUCAACUAGCGUUGAAAGUUCUUGCACAAUUUGACAAGAGUAUAACAGAGGCAUUAGAUGGCAAAGUAAAAACCCGGGCUACGUUCAAACAAGGAAGCCUGCGGACUUAUCGUUUUUGCGAUGAAGUCUGGACGUUCAUUAUUAAAGACCCAAAUCUCCGCAUAGAGCAUGAGCAGCUGCAUGUUGAUAAGAUCAAGAUCGUGGCUUGUAGCGCCAAAAAACCUGGAGAGGCGGAGAAAUGA